UUCAAGGCCCUCCGAUGAAAGUUGAAACGCGGGUUUAGCACGUAGAUUCAUUGACGUUGUAAAAAUGUUGUUGUUGUUGUUAUCAUUAUCACAAAGUUGUUCCAGUUGUAUAUGAUGUUCCGAAACUGUUUACGAUGCGUUGUGUAUUUCGACUGCUGUCGUACUUUAUUUGUCAUUAAAACGCUGACGGGAGGGAAGUUUGCUGACAUUUUAGCUUAGCAAGCUAGCCUUUAUUUAACUCUCUUCCUGAAGUAGUUGAGCAUUUGCAUUUUAAUCAAAUCUGUAUUACGAAAGAGUUCAUUUACUUAGCAUUUUCUCAUAAAAACCCAGAUCUGGCCAGAAACAGGAGGAGAAGGAGAUCGGACUAAAGAAGAAGAGAUCGGAAACCCUGGCCAGGAUUGAAAACACCCGAGAAGUUGAAGAUGAUCUGACUCUGGCAUGACUUGUCUCAGUUAGCCAGAAAACAAUUCAGCCAACCUCAAGAUCACCAUUAAGUUGAAAAGGAGUUCACCCGCAGCCAUGAUGAAGAGGAGUCUGGAUGCACCAGAUGAGGCACCAAAGUGGAAGAAGGCCAAACGGGAGGAGGCCAGCUCUGACGAAGAUGAAGAAUCAUCGCAGAGAACCACAAGCCACGAUUCCAGUCAGAGCGAGAGUCUCAGUGAUACUGAAGAUCAAAGACCAAGUUUCUCCAAACCAUCAGCAUCCCAAAAUGCCUCAAGCAGUGAAGCUUCACAGAGCUCCAACAACUUCUCUAUGUACAACAGUGUCUCUCAGAAGCUCAUGGCCAAAAUGGGUUUUAAAGAAGGUGAAGGAUUGGGAAAGUUCGGUCAGGGCCGGAAAGAGAUCGUGGAGACGUCUACGCAACGCGGGAGGAGAGGUCUCGGCCUGACGCUCCAGGGCUUUGAGGGAGAUCUCAACGUCGAAUGGAAGGAUGAAGCCGAGCCUACUGCUUUUGAAGAAGUGUCCUGGUUCCCAGAAUGUACUACAGAAAUGCCAGACUCAGAAGAGCUGAGGGACUGGAUGACUAUAGGCGAGAGGAAACUGAAGAUUGACGACGAGACCGAGUUCUGUUCAGAGGAGCUACUACACCUGCUGCUACGCUGCAAGAGUGUGUUCGAUGCCCUGGAGGGUGAAGAAAUGAGGCGAGCUCGUACGCGGUCCAACCCGUACGAAACGAUACGAGGAGUUUUCUUCCUCAACAGAGCUGCGAUGAAGAUGGCAAACAUGGACCAUGUCUUUGACUACAUGUUUACCAAUCCGAAGGACUCCCAAGGGAAGCCCGUAUUCCGUGAUAGGGAGGGCGAGCUGCUUUAUUUUGGGGAUGUGUGCGCCGGGCCUGGAGGAUUCUCAGAGUACGUCCUGUGGCGGAAACGUUGGCACGCGAAAGGCUUCGGCAUGACUCUGAAAGGAUCCAAUGAUUUUAAACUGGAGGACUUCUACUCCGCCCCCAGUGAACUCUUCGAACCUUACUACGGUGAAGGUGGGAUUGACGGUGAUGGUGACAUCACACGUCCUGAGAACAUUAGUGCGUUUCGCAACUUCGUCCUGGAGAGCACAGAAAAGCGAGGCCUUCACUUCCUCAUGGCUGAUGGCGGUUUCUCAGUGGAGGGGCAGGAGAACCUGCAGGAGAUCCUGAGCAAGCAGCUUCUGCUCUGCCAGUUACUCACAGCCUUAUCCGUCGUCCGAACAGGAGGCCACUUUGUGUGUAAGACGUUUGACCUGUUCACGCCCUUCAGCGUGGGUCUGAUCUAUCUGCUGUAUCUCUGCUUCGAGAGAGUGUCGCUCUUCAAACCGGUCACCAGCAGACCCGCCAACUCCGAGAGGUACGUGGUGUGUAAGAGUCUGAAGCCAGGCUCUGAUGCAGUCAGGGAUUACCUGUUCAAGGUGAACCUGAAGCUGAAUCACCUCAGGCAAUCGGACAGGGACGUCACAGAUGUGGUGCCUCUGGAGAUCAUCAAAGGAGACACAGAUUUCUACCAGCACAUGGUGGACUCCAAUGAGCGUCAUUGUUCUGUGCAGAUCAAAGCUCUUGCUAAAAUCCAUGCCUAUGUCAGAGACUCGACGCUGUCCGAGCCAAGGCAGGCUGAUAUCCGCAAGGAGUGUCUCAGAUUAUGGGGGAUUCCCGAUCAAGUCAGAGUAGCACCUUCUUCCUUAGACCCCAAAUCCAAGUUCUACGAUCUCGUAAAUGGAUCGGAUGUCGACAGCUUUAACUCACGGCCCACGGCCCUCAACCUCAAAACUCUGGAGAAACUGCAGCAUGUGUUGGACCACCGGUGUAUCGUUGGCGGCGGAGAACAGAUUUUUCUCCUGGGGCUCGGGAAAUCUCAGAUCUACACAUGGGAUGGCAAAUCCCCCGUGCGCUGGAGGAAGCUGGAGGGCUGGAAACUGGAGUUGCCCAGAGACACUCUGCUGAGUGUGGAGAUUGUGCAGGAGCUGAAGGGAGAGGGUAAAGCCCAGCGUAGGAUCAACGCCGUUCAUGUCCUGGAUGCUCUGGUUCUCAACGGCACUGACGUGAGAGAGCAGCACUUCAACCAGAGGAUUCAGAUGGCUGAGAAGUUUGUGAAAGCUGUGUCGAAACCCAGUCGGCCCGACAUGAACCCUAUACGCGUAAAGGAGGUGUAUCGGUUGGAGGAGAUGGACAAGAUCUUCGUAAGAUUGGAGAUGAAGGUGACGAAGAGCUCAGGUGGAAUGCCGCGGCUGUCCUACACGGGCCGAGACGAUCGGCACUUCCUGCCCAGCGGCCUUUACAUCAUCAAAACGGUCAGAGACCCGUGGACGAUGGCGUUCAGUAAGAGCUCGAAGAUGAAAUUCUUUUACAACAGACAGACGAAACAGUCCACCUACGUCAUGGAUCCGAGCGCUAUAGCGCCUUUCCAGGUGUGUCAUCAGGAACGAUUGUUUUGGGCCUGGGAGGAAGGGGUCAGAGUUCACGACUCCCAGAGCCGUGUCGAUCCUCAGAAACUCUCCAAGGACAACGUGCUGUCCUUUAUCCGGAAACACUGUCAUCAGUGGGAGAGCCGUGACGGCGUGUGAAGCCUCUCCUCACCAGCACGGGGUGCUGUAGUCCUGCAGAAGAGGAAUCGUAGCACGUAGUCUCACGUGAUUUUCAGCUUGGUUUAUUUUACAGCCAGCGAGCAUUAUAUCUGUGAGGUAUUUACACGGAAUAUCGACGGUCGCAUUGCUUAGGCUUCGUAAAUCCGAUACACUAAUACGCUGCUCAUUUCCCAGUAAUACAGCGCAUGAUGAUGAUGAUAGACUCGGCAUUUCCUCUUCUGUGUGCUCGUGAGGCAGGGCGUGUUGCCUUCCCAUCUUUUUGAGGUUUCUUUUUUUUUUUUUUUUGGUUUUCUUUGCUUGUACAUGUUGUUUGAAUGAAGCAGGCGUGUUUAAUUUUUUAUGGGCUUCAUUUGAACUUGUGAGUAACCUUGAUAAUAAUGUAAAAAAAAAAAACAACAAAAAAACUUGACUCCUGGAGUAUUUUCUUCCUCUAUUAAACCUCAGCAUGGAUGUCGGUGUCCUUGACUCAGGUGGCAUUCUGGAUGAAAUCACGACGACGCCAAGAUUGCUCUCGUGCCGUUUUAGCCGUGUUUAUGUUCUCUGUUCUGUACGGGGGAAACCCCUCAAACUAAACAGGAUGACACACUGCUGGUUUUGGAUAGUUAAGGGGUUAAUAUUAGCACUUCGGUCAAAGUGUGUUGCUCCAAGUACACUCUUAAAGGGAAAAACAAAUCUACGGAGGUCCCCCCAGCCCCCUAUUCUUCCCUUUAGAGAACCCUUUAAAAGGUUCACUGUAGAACCCUACAACAAGCAGGCGAGAAAAGCUUAAAUGCGCAAUAAAUAAAUAAAUAAAUCGGCAGUGUGUCGUCAUGUUUAGCUUACUUUAAAUUCCUGAGAACAGGAACACGACUAAACUGACUGGAACUAAGAGUAAGAGUGUCUCUUGGAGCUACACGGUGUGACCUGAGUGCUAAUAGUAACCUACAGCGGCGGGUGAUGAAUAAAAAAUGUCGUUUCUUUGGACAGCUGGAGACUCAGUAAGGAGAAGAGAGUUGACAUCCAGUUUAAUGAGUCGUACACAUUCUGUAUUUUAGAGAUUACAGCAUAUGAGCUGAUAUCGGCUCCGGUUAUAAAUCAUUCCGUCCGGGAUUUUACGCUUUUCCGCAGAAAUUAACGCGCAAUCAAGGAAACUCUUGCAGUAUUCGGAGCUUGCGAUUUAUUUUUUUUGUUUUGUUUUGUUUUGUUUUAAAAAGACUGCGGAUUGUUCACAGUUUUGGGCCAAAACGCGUCGUCACGGCGCACGUUCAGUCAAAGCCGUGUUCGAUUCACGUGCGUCGAACACGAGUACAGCUGAAAGGUCUCAUUUACCAACAAACAUCACUGCGAAAGAGCACGCAACAGAAUUUCGCGCGACUGCGAUUUCGCCGAUUCAAAUACUUUUCAGAAAAAUAAAAUAAAAAAUUGAAAAAAGCCGCAGCAAAAUCGAGCAUUUUUGAUCGCAAAAAAAAAAAAACUCUCCACGAAAUCCUGUACGGGCUGAUGUACUGUUAAAAGGAACCGAUUACAAAAGGAAAUUGAUGUCCUUUUCCCCUUGUACCCAAAUGUAGUCCACCAGCCAAGCCAUGUUUGAUGUUUGCUUCUUUAGUUUUGCACUGGAAGCGUUAUAUUAUCAUCAUCACCAGUUUCCUAGUCUGUAUAACAAUGUAGAAAUAUAAAGUUCACCUAAAAGCCACGCCUCCUACUCGAACCUGAUGCUUUAGCCGAGUGAUGCGAAAUGAUGUGCUGGGGAGGGAAGUGAGUCUAGGUUGAUGUUCUCAUCAGGAUUGAACUUAUUCCGUUGACCUAAGUACGGUAUAUGUAACAUUAUACGUUACAACUUCUAUCCAUUUAUAGUGAUGUCAUUUGUUAAUUUAAAAUAAAUAAAUAAAUAAAGAUCUUGGCAAAUUGCUGUGGUAUAAAAUGAACACGAACACAACACUUCGGGAUGUGCUUGUUCUAGGAAAAUGAUCAGCUUUGGUGUAGUAACCGUGGUGUAACUCUGCUUUGGCGUUGUCUCAGGCCACAUCUCAUCACCCCAUCGUUGAUUAUUUUCCUACAAAAGCAUGCCGUGUUGUGUUUAGCCUUCAUUUGUCACAUAUAUAUAUUACAGCACAGUGAAAUAGUUUCUUCACGUGUCUCAGCUUGUAAAGAAGUUGGGGUCAGAGUGCGGGGUCAGCCAUGAUAUAGCAGAUAGGCUGAAGGGCCUCGCUCAAGGGCCCAACACUGGUACCGUGGUGGUGCUGGGGCUUGAAUCCUCGACCUUCUGCACAAUAACCCAAUUCCAGAGGAACUAGGAAUGCAGUUUGUAUGCUCCUAAAUUGGAGGCUAUAAGUUUACAUUACUUGUUAGCAAGAAUUGGUUUUGUAGGAACAAAUAAAGAUGUAAACUUCAGAAACCAAACAUGCCUUUGGUGAGGGGGAAACAGGGCUAUUAUUCUUUUGCCGUACGUUUUUUUUAUUUAUUUUAAGCGUAAUACCAUUUGAGCAGAGUGACCUUGGUCACAAAAAGCAUGUAGAGUGCCAAAAUUAUCAUCAUCAUUAUUAUUAUUAUUAUUAUUAUAUAUAUAUUUAUUUACAAAUCCAUGUGAUGUGUAUGUUCUUUGUAAGCGUCACUGUAUCUCUGCUCCCAAAAGCUGUUUGUGUUUGGUGGACCUCUAGUGUACCUGAGAUUCAGCAUGAGCUCUUGUACACCGCGCUGUUCUCCAUGCUGGCUGCAUUGGCAUUGACAUGUCAAGGACAAAGAGGACACUGGCAGACUUUUGUAUUCAGGUGUAACGAGUCUUCCAAUUCCUUUCUUCGCUCCUCUCAUCCUUCACCUUAGUUGUGUGACGGGGAAGCGAAAGAGUCUCGUCUCGAAGGCGAUUAAAGCCGCCUGGAGGACGGGCUCGCUAAGCCUUAUAGUGGGAUUAUCACCUCACGGCCCUAAAGACGCUGAACCGUGUACAAAAGGGAUCUAGCAAGUGUAAUUGCAUGUCUUACACCUUUUUUUUCCCCUGUCCAUGUCCUCACUGCUUCCUCUGAGAGUUUCAAUUUCUGCCUGUUUUUAGAAGGCAAAUUGAGUGCAUUGGUGGAACUAGUGACUAGUCUGUGAAAAUGAGGAUGCCCUAGCAGGAGAGCAGGAUGAACAUUGUGCACGAUGGAAACGUGAUGGCAGUAAAACAGAAUCGUGUAGAUUAUGGGACAUGUAGAUAUAUAUUUUUUCAAAUAAAACCCGUCUCCCCAAAUAUAAAGCUUCAUUAAGUUAUAUAGUAAGAUAAUAAAGAAAUAAAUCCGUGUGUGGUAGUUCUGAAUAGCACCCAAAACAACAAGAAGCAUUUUCACUAGCAUAUAUAUAUAUAUAUAUAUGGCUUACGUAUUGAAAAUAUCCUGCUACUUAGUUAGGCUAACAUUAUCUUUAAAGCCUAGCUUUAACUCCAGUUUACACUUGUUGCACUUACACUGCUUCACUAAAAUAAUCGAAGAUCUGCUUUGGCCAAAUUUAGGAUGACAAAAUAAUGGAUAUAAUGGGAAAAAUUUCCAGAUGAGCUUACGUUUGAUGCUUUAAAAAAAAAAAAAAAAAAGUAUGGAUUUAGGAGCUAUAUAGUAAGGGUGUCGAGAUGUAAUUUUGUCAUCAUCAAGGACAACAAACGUCACUUGUAAAUCCAGCUUGCCUAAUUUGGGCCAGCAUCAAGCAUUCUGUUGGCAGGGUGGUCCUCCUUUGCCAAUUUUGGGCCAGAGUUGUAUAAAGAGGCCCAUCAUCCAUCCAUCCAUCUUCUAUACCGCUUAUCCUUUUCAGGGUCACAGGGAACCUGGAGCCUAUCCAGGUUCCCUCUGCACCUUGUGCCCGAUGCUCCCUGGGACCGGGUGCCAAUCCAUCGCAGGGCACAAUCACACACUCAUGCACCCAUUCAUACACUACGGACACUUUAGACAUGCCAAUCAGCGUACCAUGCAUGUCUUUGGACUGGGGGAGGAAACCGGAGUACCUGGAGGAAACCCCCGCAGCACGGGGAGAACACGCAAACUCCACACACACAGGGCCACGGUGGGAAUCGAACCCCCAAUCCUGGAGGUGUGAGGUGAACAUGCUAACCACUAAGCCACCGUGCGCCCCGAGGCCCAUCAUAGCCACACAAAUUACAUUAUAUUUAUGCCAUUUGGAAGAAUCACUUAUCCAGAGUGACUUACAUUUAUCUCAUUUAUACACUGAGGCUCAAGGGCCCAGCGGUGGUAGCUUGGCAGUGCUGGGGCUUGAACUCCUGACCUUCUGAUCAGUAACCCAGAGCCUUUAACCUGUGUGUCACCACUGCCCCGAAUUAGACAAUUGGGCUAAGGUCAGUUUGCCACCUUGGGCCCGUAUACAUCCAUAAUAGUAUACUGGGUUGAAGUAUUUUAUUGUAAAAGUACAGAAAUGAUUGACAGUCUACCUGUAGAACUCUCAUAGGCAUCGCGCAACACCUGGCUAAUUCCAUAAAGCAUGUUAAGGGCAGGAUAAUGCCGUGGAGGCACUGAGUGACCGAGUCAGAACCUGGAUGUGAACCUAACUGAGCCUCUCUUGGGAGAAAAUGAAGAUGUCACUACCGCAACUGAGCUUGAGAUGUUCUGCAGAGAGGAACAGGAGAAGAUCCCCAAAUCCAGAGUUGCAGGGAGCUGAGUAGUUACAUGAAGACAAAUAAUUAAGCAUUUAGGACUAAGAGCUGUCUGAGAUGGAAUGGAAUGUCGUGGACCUGUAUACUGAGGGCCUCAGCUGUGUUCCAGACACACAUGCUGAACGAGCUAAGCGUGAGAAAAGAAACCGCAGAUCUAUUUCACCGACCCUAAGCAGCUGCUGAACAUCAUGGCAGAUGUGGACGCAGACAUCAAUCGGCUGUCUGAUGACCUCAGUCAGGUGGAACAUUGUCUGGAGUGCCACAAAAAAAACAUGAGCAACUUGCAGCAGGACAUGGAGAAGGACACUGCUCAGAGUAAUGAGGAGACGGACUACCUCACGAGAUGCAUGAAUAAAAAAAGAGCAAAAGCAGCGAAAAUAGAGCAGCGCAUCAAAGAAUUCAAAAUGAGUGAAGACGGUCCUGAACAAAAGAGAGGAAAGAAGGUCAUGUGGAGGUCAUUUGUCAAGAAGAAAGUCUCCAAAGCAGAUGCAAUUGAAGCCGUCCUCGCCGUGGAACAGAGAGAACUGGAGAGGUUCCGCUUCGACAAAGAGUAACACAGUACUAUAAGGUCCAGAAAUAAGCUUUUAAUAGUUUGAUAUUUUAUUAAUGCCAACAUCUUUAGCAAAUCAGGAAAUAAUGAAGCUGCCACAGCUCUAGACUAAAUCCAGCACAGGAUAUGUGUGUGUGUCUGAUUUCUGUUGAGUGAUGUGAUGUCACCUUCGGUUCUUUCACAGCUAGAAUAUGUCCUUUUUCGGAACAAGAAAAAAAGUUUAGUUCAGUUUCUUUAGUUCACUGAUGAAAUAUUAAAAUGAAGAUGAGUCGACCCUGUUGAUUUAGAAUCCCACUAUAGCGUGUUAUUCAGAAGAAUGACCCAGUGUUGCGGUUCUCUUUUGAGUCUGGGUCCACUCCAGGAGUUUUUCCUUUCCACAGUCAACUUUGGCUCGUUCAUUUCUCUAACGCUACAUUAUUUCCUGAUUUAUUUACUUUUGGGUUUAUUACAAAGUAUUAAUGCUAUUAUUUUGGACCUUAUUGUGAAGUGUUAAUAUAAAGAUAAAUAAUAAAGAGUUUCCACACCGCACCAGCUUUAGUCAUGGCUCUGUACUGAUAAGAAGGGAGAAUAUAUUUUAAAUAUGCAGAGUAUUGCCUCACUGAUGUGCUUUAUUUGCAGAUGUGGUAAGACGCUGAUGGCAAAGAAAAACUGAAUACUGUCUUUCACAUCCUAACUCUGUGCUAGGUAAAAAUGUUUGAAAUAUGUAACUAGAUUUCGAUAUUACACUGAGGCAUUUCGCACAGCUACAUGUGAUUACAUUGUUUACCACAAGAUGGCAGACAAGCACAAUAAAACUGUACAAAU